AUGACGUCGUCACUGUCGAGCUCCUCCUCUUCCUCCUCUGCCUCAAGCCGCGAACCUCCGUCGCCCAAGUACAGAAACGGCGAUUUUCGACCCGAUUCGAACAGCGAUGGCGCCGUGAGUCUGUCGGGCAGCAGCACACUGCAGCAGGAAACCCCGGUACAUCUCGGUCCAGAUGGCUAUGACGAGCAGACGCGUCUGUUAGGGGCAUCAGCACCCACCGCCAGCCCCGAGCGGCAUGGUGUGCCUGACGCGCAGACAGAGGAUGAUGGGCAGUCUACAAAGAGCCUGUGGUACAUUAUCCUACUGACGAUCAGCAUCGGUGGCCUACAGAUUGCAUGGUCCGUUGAGUUAUCGAAUGGCUCACCGUACCUGCUGUCUCUUGGCUUGAGCAAGUCCCUGAUGGCUCUGGUGUGGAUAGCCGGGCCACUCAGCGGGACACUUGUGCAGCCCUACGUUGGUAUGCGAAGCGACAACUGCCGGGUACCUUGGGGCAGACGCAAACCCUUCAUGCUAGGCGGUGCUCUUGCUACUUCCAUCUCGCUGAUGUUUCUUGCUUGGACCAAGGAGAUUGUCGGAGGGCUCCUCGGCCUGUUUGGCACUGACCCAAAGAGCGAGGGUGCCAAAGUGACCAUCAUCGUGGUGGCCGUUCUCUGGGUAUACAUCCUGGAUUUUGCAAUCAACACUGUUCAGGCUGCAAUUCGAGCCUUCAUUGUGGACUGCGCACCUGUCCAUCAGCAGGAACAAGCCAACUCUAUGGCCAGCAGGAUUGUGGGUGUGGGAAACAUACUUGGCUACUGCUUUGGCUUUGUCAAUCUCCCCAAGUAUGUAUGGUGGCUCGGCAACACUCAGUUCAAGGUGCUCUGCUCGAUAGCUAGCAUCGCACUCUGUGGGACGGUCCUGCUCAGCACAAUACUGGUGAAGGAGAGAGAUCCUCGACUUGAUGGGCCACCACCAAAGAAUCAGCCUGGCGUUAUUGCCUUCUUCCGCACCAUCUUCACUUCCAUCAAACGCCUGCCGCCUCAGGUCGCCAAGGUCUGUACUGUCCAGUUCUUUGCAUGGAUUGGGUUCUUCCCCAUGCUCUUCUAUACGUCAUCCUACAUCAGCGAGAUAUACAUCGAGCCGUAUCUGGAGGAAAAUCCACACAUGACACCCGAAGAGCUGGACGACUUGUACGAGAGGGGAACACGCGUUGGCACGUUUGCGUUGCUGAUAUUCGCAUUGACGAGUUUGGCGACUAACGUGCUAUUACCUUUCUUCAUCGCGCCAACCUACGAAGCUCCGAUCACGAACGGCGUGCCAGGUGAGGGACCCGGUGGCGUCACGGACGAUCACAAGUCGGAAAAGAAGACCUGGCUCGACUACCUGGUCAUCCCGGGGUUUACGCUGCGCUGGGCGUGGAUCUUGUCCAACCUCAUCUUCGUAGUCGCCAUGUUUUGCGCCGUCCUCGUCCGCACCGUCGAGGCAGCGACCGUGCUCAUCGGGCUCGUGGGAAUCACCUGGGCUCUCACCCUCUGGGCGCCGUGGGCCAUCAUCAGCGCCGAGGUCAGCCGCCGCGACGCCAUCAUACGCGCCAGGAGAAAGUCCCAGCUCCACGCCGCGGGCCGGGCCCCGGCCGCGGACGGCGAGACGGAAGCGCUCCUCGACCAGGAGCGCCGCCUGCACGGCGACGAGGAGGAGGUGGACAAGGCCGGCGUGAUUCUCGGCAUCCACAACAUGGCCAUCGCCGCGCCCCAGAUGCUCGCCACCGUCGGCUCCAGCGUCGUCUUCCGCAUCUUCCAGAAGCCCCGCGGCGUCCCCGGCGACCACAGCAUCGGCAUCGUCUUCGCGCUCGGCGGCAUCUUCGUGCUCAUCGCCACCUACUUCAUCUACCGCAUCGACGACGACAUCCCGCCCGCCGAGGUCGUGGCCGCCGUCGAGGCGGGCGACGGGCCCGCGGCCGGCCGCCCGGGCCUGGACAGGAGGAAGAGCACCACGACGGGCCGGGACGGCAUGAAGCGCGCCACGCUGGCUAGGAGCACCAGCUUUGGCACGGGUUUGGAGUACUAG